UUGCUCCUGAAAGGACUCAAGUGCAAAGAUGUCGAAGCGCACGAAGAAGGUCGGCAUCGUCGGGAAGUACGGUACUCGCUAUGGUGCGAGUCUCCGUAAGGUCAUUAAGAAGAUGGAGGUCAGCCAACACUCCAAGUACUUCUGCCACUUCUGCGGCAAGUUCUCCAUGAAGCGCCAGGCGGUUGGCAUUUGGGGCUGCAAGGCUUGCGGCAAGGUGCAGGCUGGUGGUGCAUACACCCUCAACACUGCCUCUUCGGUGACCGUCCGGUCUACGAUCCGCCGUCUUCGUGAGCAGGUUGAGGCCUAAGCGGGUGCUGGCUUCAUGUGUUGUAACAUGAAAGCGAACUCGCCCUUGCUCCCUGACCCCAUCCCCAAGAAGCAUGAUUGCUGUACGGAAUGGUUCUAGUGCUGCAGACAGGCAGAUUUACCGCGUACAGUGUGAUAUUUGUGCCUCGGUGGGAUGUUGAUGUCAGCGCUUGACAGCUGUGGACAAACGUUAAGGCAUCCUGCACAUGUCUUUUGCUGGAAGGAAGCAAGGAUAGAAACAUGGAUUAGCAGCUAUUAAGGGCAAUCGCUUGCUUGCUUGCUGUUCUAGUAGAGGUCAAGAACGCUGAAUUGCAGUGCAGGCGUGUCCAAUGGUUCCCUCGCGAAAGCCACAAAAUUGGCCAAGGCAGAACACUAUGGGGAAAAUCUGUAACAUCAAGUGCGAUGG